CUUAACUUUUGUUUCAAAACUCGUCGCUUUGACACUUUUUCAGUCACUCAAAUAAAAACAUUCUAGAUAGCGAUCGUUAUCGUACCGUAGAUCGUACCUGCGAUAAUUUAUAAGCUUCAAAAUUCACAUUCAUAAAAUUUUACAAUGAGCAAAAUUAUUUUAGGCUAUUGGUACUUCCGUGGCCUAGGUGAACCGAUUAGAUACUUGCUUCAUUAUAAAAAUGUAAAAUUCGUAGACAAAAGGUAUCAGUUUGACGGUACUUGGCAGAAAGAAAAAUUUUCCUUAGGUUUGGAUUUCCCAAACUUACCUUACUAUUUUGAGGAUAAUCUAAAACUGACGCAGAGCUUAACCAUAUUGCGAUACUUGGCGAAAAAAUACAACUUAGAAGGAAAAACCGAGGAAGAACAGUUGCGUGCUUCAUUAGUUGAACAACAAAUAACUGACUUUGCGACUGUAUUUUUCAGAGAUGUCGUUUACGCUAAAUCUAAUGAUUCGCCAAAAGAAUUUUUGAAAAAUGCUCCAGGAUUAUUAAAACCCUUCUCGGAAUUCUUAGGGGAAAGGAAUUUCUUCGCCGGUGAUGAAAUAACUUAUGUAGAUUUCUUGGUUUAUGAUAAUUUUGAUUUUCCCUCUUUGUUUUCUAAGACAAUUUUGGAUGCUUUUCCUAACCUUAAAGCUUUCCAGGAUAGAAUUAGGAAUUUGCCGGAACUUCAAGAAUAUCUAAACUCAUCAGCAUAUAUAAAAUGGCCUAUUUGUGGCCCACCAGAUGCUUGUACUUGGGGUGGUAGUGGUGAGAUGCCAAACUAAUAUGACAAAAUCUUUCUGUGAUAAAUCUGAUUAUUGAUUUCGAGAGCAUUUUCAAGAAUGUCGAAAUGGUGUUUCUGGUGCUUUUCUGUGAUAUUUCCGUAUCAAUUGAUUGCACCAACUAGGACUGCCAAGGUUGCAAAGAGAUUUUAAAUUUGUUAAGCUUUUAAAAUAAAAAAAAAUUUAGAGUUUUGUGCAGGGGGAGUUUUCAGUACUGUGAUCUCUUUCAGAAUAAACACGAAACCCCCAUGGCAGAAUUUUGGGCUUUCUACAACAGACCUCUCUAGCAUUAAUAUAUUUCUGCAAGAUACUUUUAAUAAUAACAAAUAUCAGGGAUCUGUCUAGGUUUUUCUGAAAGGUACAUAUUUUGUGGAAAUUUAGAUAUAAUUUGUGAAAAAUUAUAUUGAAAA